GAGUACACAGUCGGCAGCUAAAAUCGCACAGUGGCACAGCACAGCGCCCAGCAUUGAGCUAUCAAUGCAGUAAAUGAGGACUGGGAAAUACUUCAUUAUAAUGUGUGGACAAUAUAAUACAAAAAAAAAUAUUGUGUUUAAGAAGAAAAAAUAAUUUUGUAAAUGUAUAAGAUUUAAUAGCGCAAGUUAUAAAUGUGUUAUUUUAAGAAAGUUUCUUCUUAUCUAUGGUGUUUACCUCACAGCUAAAUUUCCAGGAAAAAGAAGCAGAAAAUUUGUGUAGUGAUCUAUGAAUCUUGACAUUUGAACUUCUGUGUGAAGAAGUCCACCCCUAAUCUGUUAAUGUGAGGGUGAGAUUAGGAUAACAAGGACACACCAUUUCUCAGAAAAAUAAUUAAAAUUCUUUUAGCAUUUCCCUAAGUCUACGACAGUCUACGAAGUAACUCCAGCAGUCAACCGUCUUUUAUUUUUUCAGCGCUGAGUUUAUGCAAUAUGUUUUGCUGCCUGCCACGUCGGGGAUGGACCACAGUGACCUCCAGGGAAGAGGAUGAGAAGCUCGGUCUCCAGCUUGUAGACUUGGAAAAGAUCGUGAAAGAAAAGGCUGUCCUGGCGCUGGACAGCAAGCGCAAGAAAGUGUCAGACCUUAAAAACCCAGUUAUUCAUUGGCACGAGGUCAGAUUUAACUACGGUGACGUCAGAUAUGUGAACCAAGGAGAGCCUCCCAAGCCUACAUCCAGGCUUUUGUUUGCCACGACCUACGUGAAUGACACGCCCACCGUGAAGACAUAUGACCUCAAGACGGAAAGGUCCACCACCUCCAGCUGCGAGAUGAACUUAACCAAGACUUACACGUUUGGGACUGAAGUCAAGCUAGGCCUCUCACCUGUGAUCAAGCCGAUUGACCUGGACAUAGGAUUUAAAUCUGAGUUAAGCAACCAGACAGGUCUCUCCCGCAAGGCUGAGCAAACAUUGACCUGGGGAGUUGAUAGUGAGAUAUCUGUCCCUUCCGGAACACAGACCACGGCAGAGCUUCUCAUUUAUGAAGACAAUUAUGAUGGUGAAUUUGAAAUGUUGACAACAUUUGAAGGGACAGUAAUAGUGACUUACAAAAACAAGAGAACCAAAGAAUUUGUUGGCAAUGUUUUGUUGAAUAUACAGACACUAUUAAUUGAUGAUCAAAGGUUCUCAAAAGAUGAUAAGGGAAGGCCAACGUUUCUAGUCAAGGGAAUCUGCAAGUCGAGGAUGGGUAUCAACCAAUUUAUCAAAAUCACAGAGACUAAACUCUAAAAGAGUGGACUGCUGACCAAUUUCAUUGGUCAUAUUUAUAUACACUGUGAUCUACGAAGCAGUUUGAUGUUACAAAGAGAACAAACAGGACUUUUGUACUAAAGUAGGCCUAUUGGCUUUCUUUAUUAAAAAAACUGUAUGUGUGUGGGGGGGAGUUAAUUUAUAAGUUUGUGUAUUUUUUAGUUUUGUAUCUUUAUGUUAUAUAGAAAAUGGAUUUGAAGUGAGAAAUUGGAAAUAUGUGCAGUUUUAGUUCUGUUAUGUAAAUAUUAUAUUAUAUCAAUAAUGAUGUUUUCAGCUUUUACUUACAUGUAUAUACAUGUAUUUCAUUUCAUCAUAUUUCAUAAAUUAGUACAAUGCAGAAUGUAAUAAGGUAUGAUUUUUUUUCUGUUCUUGCAUAAUGAAACAAGUUUAGUAGAAGAUGUGUCUGCCACUUCAAGAGUGAUUUCAAUGAUCUUUCUUUUUCCAUAUCACUGUCUUAAGCAGACAUUUAUCUUUGGAUAAAAUGCAUUUAUAUAUAAAUCAAUUGUUGAUACUGCCAUAUUUGUCUAGCGGUUCUCCUAGAAGACUUCAUGAAACUUUAAAAAAAAAAUCGCUUCCUUUUUUGUUUCAAAGAAAGAAGUAGUAGAACUAGCAUUAUGAGAGCUUAACAUUAGCUCUUGAGUUAGAUUACAAAUGUCUUCAAAUAUUUCUAAAAUGUAAAUGUACUUAGCAUUUACAGGAAAAACCUUUGUUCUUACAAGUUUCCUUUGAAUGUCACAUAUUUACAAAUAUCAGAUUGAUUUUAUGCAUACAUAACCAUUUUUUUUUCUAACAUUUAUAGCCAAUGUUUCUAUACAAUAAAAUAACUACUUAGCAUUUAGCAAUCAACAAGAAGCCAUGAAAAUAUCAAGUUUUUAGAAGUUCUAGAUUUUUUUAUUAGAUAAAGCUUGCCUCAAAAUAAUGACUAAAUUCUUAAAAUAGUUCAUAAAAAUGUGAAGCAAAAAAAUAAAAUUACCAAGAAAUAAAAUUAUAAAACAAUGUAAAUUUGUAAAGUUACCAAAAAGUCGGGCAGGACUCAAAGCCAUACAAUCAUGUUGACAAAACAUGACCAGCAAGAUAUUGCAUAAAUUUGUUUAUGAAUUUAAAAAAAUAAACUCAACAUAAUACGUG